GUACAUUUCGCACAUGCGUAGUAGAAAUCAUGUUUCCGGGACGGAUCAGGUAGCGACAAUCACAACAUCAGCUGUUCGGGCCAAGAUGGCGCAGAGCCUGGCAGAGCUGGAAGUUCCUCUGGACUCGGAGCGAAGCAGUGACCACGGGGGUAAGAGUGUUUUGAGGCGGUGCAGAGGACGACCCAGGCUGACGGACUCUGACCGGGCCAAAAGACGGCUCGAGUCCCGAAAGAAGUACGACGUGAGGAGGGUGUACCUGGGAGAGUCACACAAGCUUUGGAGUGAGCUCCGCAGGCGGACCAGCCUGAGUGAUGCUGGACUUGCAGAGUAUCUGAUCCUGCUCAAUUCCACCUAUGGAGAGAAAUACCAGCAGGAAAGCUGCGGGUGAGUCCAGUUUGAGAAAUGAGACAUUUAUUUCUAACCCUAGAACACUAUCGCUAAAAUUAGUAACACCAUCACUAUCGCCGGGUGAUUUUUACCCGAAAUAAUAUACCCAAGAAGAAGUACUUGUCAUCAAAAUAUAUAAAAAUAGGACAAUUCAUGACGAAUUAAAGUAUUUUUUGUUUCUUAUAUUUAUAAUUGUGUAAUAUCCAAAGGGAGGAAAAAAAGUGCCUGAAAUUAGGCAUUCAUGAACAAAAAAUUCCAAAACAAUAUAUUUAUGAAUAAACUGUUAACCUAGUUUCUUUUUCACCCAUUCCUGGGGCAUGUGAUUUUUCCCUGGUGAAGACUCAGGGUCCUUAGCACAAUAACAGCUGCAGGAGAAAGAACAAAAAUAUGGUAUAUUUUGAGUGAGUCAAAAUGACCAGUUGACUAAAAUAUUUCUCAUCACUAUAUUAAUUCCCUCAAGAUUAUACUUUGUGAUAGUUAAUCAUAACUACUGCGCUAAAUAAAGAUAGCAUGCAAAUUCCAGGACCACUCUUACUGACCUUAUUCCCCACAUGCAGCUAUCAAAUCCAUCCAAACCUACUUUAUCCUCUAUCACUAUUGCUACCCAGGGACCCAUGAUACUCAGACAAACGCAACAUCAUGAAAAUCACAUAAACAUGUUUGGUGAAAAUCACCCAGCGAUAGGGUUCUAGGGUUAAAAGUCCUCUUAUCAGGGUUUGCACGUUUUGAAAAGGCUUUGUAAUAUUUCCUCGAACCGAACAGUAUUAUUUCAGUCCACUUUGCAGGUGUUUAUUUCUUUAACUGCUGUGAUUACAGACCAAAUAUAAUAUUUUUGUUGCAUUACAGGAAGAAGAUUGUUACAGAAAUCUCACGAAAACAGAAAAAAGGUGAGGGGUGCCUUCAGCAGAAAUACAAAAUAUGCCAGAUUUUCUCCUCUUGCUUAAUAAUAAUUUUUAAUGCUGGCAAAAAAUCUGAAAAUAUUGAGAAGAAUAUUUGGUUCAGAUGAUCUUUUUGUCUGACUUUUGUUUCAUUCUUUUCUGCAGGCAGGAAGGAGCGUGUGUCCAGCUUGCGGAGUCUGGUGUGUUGGUACCAGGAGCACUCACACUCCUGCCCUCAUGAGCCCAAGCUCCGAGCCCUGGAGCCCCAAAACACCUCCUCCACUGCUGCCAUCUGGCAGUGUGACUCUGACCAUUCGUUUGUGCAAUAUCUUUUCUCUCCACUUAGAGAGGCAAGUGACUCCGAACAUGAGGAAGAAGUGAAUGGAGAAGGUGGUAAUGAGGGAACAGGGAAAGCAGAUGUACCCAUGGUUACUCGCUAUGUGAACAGAAGAAGAAAAGGGUCUAACUAUCGGUUUAAAGGUAGAGGAUAACACUAUUGUUCUUUUAUUCUUUGAGCUUUGUUUAUUGUACCUUUAAUUAUGAUGUAAAAUGUGUUUUUGAUUCAUCUGUUUCUCUGUAGAUGUGGAAAAAAAUGUGGAUGAUACCGAGUUACAGCUUGCAACCAUCAGCCCAGUAGAGCAGGCUGCAACUCUGAACCACCAUCCCAGUAUAGAGGUUUCCGCCAAGGAUGAUGCACAUACAGGACAGCCCGUCUGGGAGAUGGAGAUGGUCAUGGAACCAGAGCAAGGCUCUCCUGCGACAGAACUUCACUCUGUCCCCUCAGAGGAGGAGGAAGAGGAGGAGGAGGAGGAGGAGGCUGAAGAGGCCCAGGAUCUAAGGCAAGGCAGAUAUGAGGGAAAAGAAGAAAAUGAAGGGAUGAGGACUAUACCGCACAGCUAUGGGUGUGUUGCUUUGAAUGAUAAGCCGGAGAAGACAGCGGAGAACUCAGUGCUGUCGAGGAGCUUUAGUGACUCAGUCAAAGUGGGUGCUCAGCCAGGGCUAACAGUGCCUCCAUCUGCACAGACACAAGAGCAGAGUGAGCUGUUUGACCCACAAACUCUUCAGACUGUGGUGACCAGCUGUGAUAUUCCUGAUCAGAGGCCGGCUUUAGAGGGCUCACAGGUAGGUGAGGGAGUACUUUGUUCCGGUGCAGAGACACCGAGUUAUUAAAACAUUUGUUUUCUUGAAAGUGACAGUCAACUCUAUCCCUAGUUGAUCAUCAUCACCGGCCCCAACUAUGAAGCCUUGACGUCAGAGGGCUUCCAGCUCAAUAUGGGUGGUGGAAAUGUGGAGGAAGUCACUUGCACUGUCAUUGGAGGUGUUACCUACAACCAGGUUUGUGGGUCGGAUUCGAAACUCAGGUCAGCAGAGGAUGAAGACUUCAUGACAGGUGAGCUGAAGCCAGAGCCGCUGUUUUACACGAUUUACAAAAGUAGCUGCUGGGCUCCAACCAUGGCCAUCAGGACUAUUUAUAUUACACUUGUAGGAGCCAAAAUAUAUUCGUUUAGGAUAUGAUUAUUAGGUAUGUCACUUCCGGGGAUCGUCACUGAGGGGUGUGGUUUUGGGAUGUUUGGCGGGUUAUUUAAAUCUCACCGGUGUAGUCAGACAUGGGUUGUGGUAAGAUCAAAUAAUUUUCUGUUGACCAUUUUUCACUGUUUCUCUCAUCCUGUUUUAACCUCAUUUCAUCAUAUCACUUUUUCAUUCGAAGGCAAAAGUUUUUGACCUGGAUCAGUGUGUUUUCUGUUCUUUUUUGGAACAAUAAAUCACCUUUUAACACUCAAACCAGACUGAUAACUGAACGAGUCACAGAUGCAAGCGAGCCUAAACACCAGCGGGCUUUUUGUUGAAGGAAAGCAGUUGCUACAACACUUCACACUGAAAGCAUUGAACACUUGAUUAUGGAUGUUGUUGUAAUAAAAACCUGUUUCGUCAUGUAGUUAUGUGCCAUGCCUACAUCUUAUUAUACAAAUCAUAAGCCAGACUUCUUUGCAAGUCCGUCUGAAAGACAUGAUGGUGAAAUCUUUGUCCUCACCUUCAGAGGGGGAAGCUGUGAUUGAGCCAACGCCUGCGUGGGUCAAUAUGUAACUUGUCUUCACCCUGUUUCUCUGCAGGUUUGAGUGACAAACAGCUGCUGCAGCCUGCUGUUGGUGUUUUGGAGCUGGGAAGUAACAGAGAGCUGCAGCAGAGUUUAAACAGGUGGGUGGGCUGUGUAACCCACAUGGUGAAUUCUGGGGAUUCAUCCAACUCCACAUAUUUUAGUCAGAUUGGGUUUUACUUUUCAAUAUAAAGCUUUGACCAUUUUUCUACCUUCUCACAAAACUCCUACAGUGUAAAUAUAAACCGAUCAGCCUUUCAUGGCAGUUCCUUUGAGGUCUGGUGCCCAGGAUUUCCACCGCAUCUGAAACUGCUCCGAUCCGGAACGGCAGCAAUUUUUGCCGUUCGCCAAUUCCUACCAGAUCCGUUUGUGAGGCGAUGAAAUGCUCUCUAUAAACCUUUCACUUGUUCGUCCCCGCCUGUUUGCAUGGUGUAAAAUACGAUCCGCCUGAAACAGAGUGUUUUACUUUGAAAGAAAGCCGGAUGUUUUAUUUUGUGUCUGUGCCCGACUUCCUUUCCAGCACGGGUUAAUCUGUGUUGAAUUUAUCCGGCAUGCUCCGGUGUCCGGAAAAAAUAGAACUCUUGCGAUUGGCUGCGGAGUCCGGUGAUCUGCAGUGGAACGGAAAGAAGAUGGUGGAAAUUGACACAUUAACGAUCGUAACACUAACAUUACGAUCAGGGGGUACAGCCUUUUCGUAGUCGUUCCGGAUGCGGUGGAAAUUGGGGGUAACUGAUGCCCAAUGCAAUGCUCUGCUUCACUUUUGCAUAUGAUCUUAGGGUUGCAACUUUGCUUAAAUGUUUGCAUGGUCCAAGCAUAAUAAUGAGGCUUCAGUUAUUUUGUGAGCAUGCAGAGAGCAGGAUGGUAACUAAACCCAAGUACCCUGUCUAGGUGGGAUCUUACAUGGCAGGUCUUGUGCCUAAAUGCAAGCUCAGGAUUUUGAUGAGCACUUGCAGGACUAAUCAAGGGUUUAAAUCAGCCAGUAAGUUAAAGUUGACUGCAGUUAAUGCUAAGUUCAGGCCUUUAGAGAAUACCUUGGACUGUAGAGACGGCUGAAUUUGUCUUGGUGUCGAGUAAAGAUGCUGCUACAAUGUCGUCUCUUUUGACAUCCUCUUGAUACUGAACGCUCGUGUUUGUUUGUCCAGUGUCAGAUCCAAGAGGAACAGGCGAGGCCCCGUCAUCGAGGCAGACGGGAUGCUCAAGAUGUUCCACUGUCCGUAUGAGGGCUGCAGUCAAGUCUAUGUAGCCAUUAGUAGCUUUCAGGUAAAACAACAGCUUGUCAUACCUCGUCUUUCAGUUUUUUUUUAAGACUGAAAAAAUAUUAAUGUGAUUCUGCUCCGUCUCUCUCUGCAGAAUCACGUCAACCUAGUCCACAGGAAAGGGAGGACCAAAGUUUGCCCACAUCCAGGCUGUGGGAAAAAGUUCUACCUUUCAAACCACUUGCAGCGCCAUAUGAUCAUCCACUCAGGUGUUCUGCUCACAAGAACACAGAUAUCAUGUGAAAAUCUCAUUUGAAUAAACCUUAAAGGUAACAAAGUCUGUUUACAGGGGUGCGAGAUUUUAUCUGUGAGACAUGUGGAAAGUCUUUUAAGCGUAAGAACCACCUGGAGGUUCACAGACGGACCCACACGGGAGAGACGCCACUCCAGUAAGCGACCUGAACUGAUCUCUGUGUGCAUGAAUACAACAAGAUAUCCCACAUAAUGGUCCAUUCUCCUUGUUCUAUUACUUUGUCUUCCUGUCACCCAUCAGAUGUGAGAUUUGUGGCUACCAGUGUCGUCAGCGGGCCUCCCUGAACUGGCACAUGAAGAAGCACACUCCAGAGGCCCACUACAACUUCACCUGCGAGUUCUGCGAGAAGAGGUUUGAGAAGCUGGACAGUGUUAAAUUCCACAAGCUCAAGAGCCAUCCAGACAAGCAGGCCACCUGAGGCAUUAAGACUCUGGUAAUAGGAGCUUAAACAAGAACAGGUUGUCCCUCAGAAACUGGGACAACAUCCAACAGAGAGACUUUAUGCUGCGUGUGGUUCGCUUGAACAUCACUUGUGGGUAUACAAGCAUAAAUGGCACUGUCGAACAGCUGUGCAGGACACCAGCUGUUUUGAGUCGGAAACACGUAUUUUUACACACUGUAUUUGAUACAGACAGAAGGAGAAUCUCAGUCCACUGUUGAUUUAAGAUACAAGACUGUUUUUUAAACCUUUCAACCAAACAUCUUAUCCAACCAUAAGUAGGUUUGGAUUUUUAUACACAGCGAAGAGCAAGAGAGGAAAAACUUUCAAUAAACAUUCAAUAAACCCACUUCACAGGAGAGAAACAUUAGGAGGGAUUACACUCUAACAUCAGAAAUUAACAAUCUGAUAUCACUUCCACUGGUGUUUCAGACCACUCAGCUUUAUAGUGUUACGACAAAGAGAGCUCACUUAUUCAGUAGUGUCAUUCAGAGCCUGACCAUAACGCUACAGUAGAAGCGUACAUGAAUUUUAGCAUUUCUGCUUCUUGCUAUACUUGAUAUUUCUUACCCGAGUGUGUAAGCUAAAAAGCUUUGACAUUACAACAAGAUUUAAUUCUGUUCUUAGUUUUUUUCUUGCACCAAUCUUUUAUGUAGCGAUGAAGGUUAUUGGCGUGUUUUGCUUCCUCCGAGGCGAGUCUGGUUGACGGUAAAAGUAAAACUGAUGUUCCUUAAGUAAUGGUCAGUUAAACAUGUUGUUAUUAGAGGUGUCAGGAUACUUUGAAUGAAGACUGUUAAAUUUACAUCUUUAUUUAUUGAUUUUUUUUUCUAUGUUGGUCCAUUUAUUUAAAAUUGUUAAAAAUGUAGCUGAGCAAAAAUAGCACUCUUGGUGUUCAGUUUUCCUGUUCUCUGUUUUCACCGUCCCAGAGUCCUGAUGUCUAUGAAAAACCCUAUGAGAGGAUUUCUCAGGAAAGUUUACUUCAGUCCUCUUGAGUCCUAUGUUUCGUUGUACCCUCGAGUCUGUCAGCAAAUGCUCUUUUUUCUUUCUUAUGUCACUUCUGUUUGCUCAUGAAUCACUCAAAUACGUGAACAUGACUAAUUGUCUUGUAUGUGUUUUCCAAAGAACGUUUGUGUAAUACAAAUGUUUAAUAUUA